ACAGCCGCUUGGGUGUUGUGUGUUGCUGCGGGGCCAGCGGGGCUGCGAGAGGCGUGCGGGGAAGUGAGCUCCCUGCAUCGCAGGCGAAGCGUCAAGUCGUGCGAUGUGCCGCAGACAGAUGGGCGACGACGUCGCUCCAGCUCCGACCCAGGACUUGUCCUCACAUCAGCUGUAAAACUGCCGACAGCGCGAACGCGACGGGCCGCGAUGGUGGCUGAGAAGCCAGUCGAAGAGUGGACCGUAGGUGACGUCGGCGAAUGGCUGCACGAAGUCGUUGGCAAGUACCAAGCGACUUUCGGCGAGCACCUGAUUGACGGGCGCGCUCUGCUGACCAUCUCGGAGUCAGACCUGCGGAAGCCGCCUCUCGAGAUUCGGCUUCUGGGGGACAUCAAGAACCUGAUGAUCUGCAUCCGAGAGCUGCAGUGGCAGAACGUGGCCGCUGUCAGGCAGCUGAUGGGACCGGGCGAGCUGGUGCCCGCGUCGGCCGCAGUGCAGACCAUGAGCCGUCGAAAUUCGACACGCAAGAGGCGCGGCUCCUCGGACGGCACAGCGCCGUCGACCGACGUUUCGUUCGAGUACGAAGACGAUGAGAACUCCGACGACGGUAGCUACUCCGCCGCAACGGCCGGCGCAAACAGUGGCGCUUGCAAGCAGCGCCGUUUCAAACCCGAGAUCUGGAAGACGGUGGUUGGCAUGCUCUACUUCCUCGCGGUCACCUGGAUCACCGCCAUCGUGAUGGUCAUUGUGCACGACCGCGUUCCGGACAUGCAGACGUACCCGCCGCUACCCGACAUAUUCCUGGACAACGUGCCGCACAUUCCCUGGGCCUUCGCCAUGUGCGAGUUCACGGGCCUCGUCCUCUUCAUCGUGUGGGUGAGCAUACUGGUCUGCCACCGACACCGCUUCAUCCUGCUCCGGCGCAUGUUUUCUCUGUUCGGCUCCGUUUUCCUGCUCCGCUGCAUCACGAUGCUAAUCACUUCUCUCUCGGUUCCCGGCAAGCACCUCCAGUGCAAGGCUCGGCACGUCGGCGACUUUUCGGAGAAGAUAGCCCAGGCCUUCGUCAUAUGGCAGGGCGGCGGCAUGCUGAUUCAAGGGGUGCGCACCUGCGGCGACUACAUGUUCAGCGGACACACGACCGUGCUGACGCUUCUCAAUUUCUUCAUCACCGAGUACACGCCGCGCUCCUAUUACUUCCUUCACACCACCUCCUGGGUUCUCAAUCUCUUCGGCAUCUUCUUCAUCCUGUCGGCUCACGAACACUACUCCAUUGACGUGUUCAUCGCCUUCUACAUUUCGACCAGGCUCUUCCUCUAUUACCACACACUGGCGAACAAUAGGGCGCUCAUGCAGAUGGACAGCAAGCGGACGAGAAUCUGGUUUCCGCUCUUUUAUUUCUUCGAGUCCGGAGUGGACGGUAUUGUUCCCAACGAGUACGACUCGCCCCUCAGUUUGCUAAAGUGGUUCAAACGCAAGGCCGCAAACAUCGCCGUCAAGUUCAAAUUCACGAAGACCUUAUAGUGCCCACAACGCGAGCACAAGCUGCGCCGAGAUGUAACUAACCCCUUCAGGUCUGGUAUAUUUUCUUUAAAAUUUGUCGCCACAGAUUUUUGUACGCGGCACUUGCGAAUAUUGUCUAAUAAGACUGGGGUACUACUGCUUUACAAGACGAGCAUGUCUUGCAUUCGAGCUUCAUACGUGAUACAUGUGCACUAACGUUCACUGCUCUCGGCAUCACUUGUGUGCCAACACCCUUUCGCCACACGUUACGAGGAUUUGCGAAUUUCCACACCACAAAAUAGGUCUCAAUCUGCAAUGGAACCAGUGAAUGCUCGUUCAAACUGUAUUGUUUGUAUUUGGGUAGCACAAUACCUCCGUAAUGUUGCAUGUUCUGUGCUAUGCUGUUUCAUUGUUACCUUUGUGCCCUCGUAUGUCUAAUUUGAGUGCAUUCGGUAUGAUGAGUGGUCAGUGAUGUAUUCGAACUUUCAGCCAUGCAACAUCGUUUCCAAGUUUUCCGCAUGCUUUGUCAGCACGUCAACUUACCAGUGCUGUUAGUCCCCUUUACUUUUUUUUUUUUUUCUUUCGUUCCUCUCAGGCAAUUCCCAGAUACCCUCUACGGGCACCUCUACAGGCAUCCGAGACAUUGUCCACAAAGAAUGAUUUUGCUGGCGCAUUUAAAUGUUCUCGUGAAUUUUAGUGGACGCUUAGCUUUUUAUCUGCACGUGACAUUGAAUUCAUGGUCGCGUCGAUGGCAGGAUUGGUCGUCGGGAUUGCCGGUAAACGCUCCAGCCUGAGCCAUUAUCAUAACGGCUAGAUAACUCCCAAAAAUGAGGCAUCAUUUUUUAAAUGCUCUCUGCAGUUUCCCGACAUGCUGAAGUUCUAAGCAGACUUCAUGUGUGUUUGCAGAUUUUUGUACCACAUCAAUGUGCCUAUGUCCUUGAAGAGCGUUCAUAGAAUGACUGCACAUUUACCAUGCCAGAUGACUGGUGACAGUUUUACACUUUGGCAGUAUCGUUAACAAAAGCAUUUGCAUAAGCAAAACAAAAAAACUUGCCCACGUGAAUUUUCAUAACUGCCAAGCUUAAAGAAGCUAUGGCACCUGUGCUGUUAAGACUAUUCAAUAACUUUAUUGUUAAUGCCACGAGAAAUACUUCUGAUGCCUGUUUGAUGAAUCAAGAUUUCCUUGUGCUUAAGUGGCAUCAAAGCUGGUUCGGGCUAAUCAUUUGCCACAUUGGCAUCACAGUUACAGUGAUUCAUAUUUUUCUAUGCCUUGCGCUCCGAAUUCACAAGCACAAUGUUUCCACAAUUAGAUUGAUAGAUUCCAAAGCUUGGCUGCGAUUCAUUAUUUUUCAGUGCUGUUGUUCAACUCACCGAGAGAACGUUCGUUUUAGUAGGCACAAUUUAUUUAUUAAUCUUUGGUUAGCAGUGAGCUUACUUUAGUUAGCAUCGAUUGGCAUUGCGUGCAGUGUAUUAUUGCAAACACUUUGUCUUCCACAACAUCUAAUUCAAAUGUGGAUGGUCAUGUGCGCUGUGCCUUCGCUUGUUCCAGUGCAUUUACUUUUUCACUCGUCAUUGCUGGUUGUGACAUGUAUCUUCUCAAAAAAAGAACAGAAGGGCCUAGCCACUUAAUGACUCAUUAGGCUGUUCUUUGUUCUGUCAUGAGCUGUCUUCUCUUGCGCGUAUUCGCUUGGAGGUUGAUUUCAAUUUUUCCAUCUAAAGACAUGUGAAACGUAGAAAUGCUCUCGUUAAACCGAGUCUCAACUAAGUUGAAUGAACUAUUGUAUUCGAAACAUCAAGCCAGGUUCUACUGAUGUUGGAGGCAGACUAUUUAUUUGUACCCUCAGCUUGUUAAAAUAUACCCACUUAUUGGUGAAUUAACAUAUAUACCUAUAAUUAACGAGCUUACCACUUUGUAACAGUACCAAGAACUAAUACUGUAAGUUAUGCCUCUUAAUUAAGAAGUAUGAUACCUUAAGAUUACUCUUAACUGGUUACUUGGGUGAAUUUAUCUUCAGAGAUUAUGAAUCGUGUUGUCCUUAUAAUAGAAACUUAAGACUGAUACUUCAGGGAUGGGUUAAGAAUAUGCUUCCCAUUGCUAACACUUCAGCUUAUAUAUCAUUGUGUGAGAGCAUUUUCGUUUUUCACAUGUAUUUUUGCACGAGGGGCUUGAGGUGAACGACUCCUCUAAACAAACACCACCACCACAUGUGCAUUAUUGUGUUAUCAUUCCUCAUCUUUAAAACUGCAAGCUUAACUAGCCCCCAAGCAUAAUGUUCAAUGCAGUGUGUUAUUCCAAGGUAUAAGUGCUACUCAGUACAGGUCACUGUGUUUCCUUUCAUGCAUGUUGAGUGUAGUUGAUGUUGUUUGGUGACAUUUUUGCAUGAUACACAGCCAAACGAUUGUCAGGGUUCUUAGUGGUCAGUGAAACUUUGCAAGAGCCCUCGAGUCUCAUGAAGUUGUUGAAAAAAAAAAAAAAGAAAAGCUAAUUGUUUUCCGCUGAGCAGCACAGAUUUUUGCAUGGGCAUCUGGCCUCAAGGCUAAUGCCCUCCAGAAGUCACGGUUGAUGGUCCCUACAUACAGUUCUCCUAAGUUUGUUUGUUAGUAGCCGAAUUCUUCAAUCACUGUGUUGUGAAACCCCCCACUGAUUCCAUAUACCUGACAUCGAAACAAAGCAUUAAUAAAAAAUGCUAAGGUUGGCUGAUUGCGAUGCCACCUGUAGAUGCAGAAACAAACUAAGAAAUAGCAUUUUAUUUUAAUUUUGCAUGGCACGUGCCCACAUGCUAAAUGAAGUUGGCAGUGUGCUUACAUUUGCGGUUUGCUCAUUGCUGGUGAUGUUAAGGCCAUAGAACUCUCCUACUUUAAUUCUUGCUACGGUAACUCAUAUGGUGGCAGUGAGGACUACAGCAAUGCGCUGUGCUCUGGAAUGGGCUUUUUCCAACUUGUUUGAACAACUCUGAGUCGGUAGAAAUCAAUUUUUGAUGCUUUUGUUUCAAGCCUUUUUCAUGGCCAUACGAGGAAAGAUAAGUUGGAAUCCUAUUGAACACAGAAGUUAAUUUUGGUUCAGCGUUGAGCUGGUGCUUUAUCAUGCUUUUUCAGAACCCUGAAAAUUCUAAAAAAUUGUUGCGCUGUUUUUUUCCCUGCAAGGACUGUGACAGGUACUGAUGCGGAGUUGUCACAGUUACGUGUUGCGCGUGUAUGCAUCGUAGUGAUUACAUCGCACGCAUCGCAGUGAUCAGUUUUGUUAGUUGGGCAAAGCACUGGCUUGUUUGUGCCUGCUAUAAUGAGAUGCGUGCAUCACUCAACAACUGAUGCUGUCAAAGACUCGCUUGGCUGUGUUUCACGCCACCACAACAGCCUACCUCUAGAAACUCAGUAUAUGUAUGUAUAUAUAUAUAUAUAGUUUAUUUAGUUCCUCAGAGAGCGAUAUGUUAUGUUCAUCGCUGUGAUAUCUGUUAACGCGAUUAAUAUGUUUACAGUAUAUGUAUAUUUCUUCCUGUAUUACGGUUAUUGUCACUCACUCAUUAAUCUCAAAAAGUGGUGUACUUUGAGGAGGUGCUUGCACACACACACACACAAAAAGCCCAAAGUCGAAUGCCCCUGGCUAUAAAUUCCAAAAGCAGCAAGUCGUGUUUCUUCAACUUGCACGGCCUAUGCAACAUUUGUCAUUUUAUUUGUUGUGCAACAAUUUGCAAUAACUCAUGUUAAGCUUUUCCUAUUUAUGUAAAAAGUGGUAGAUAAGUUACUCAAUAAACUAUGUUGACAUCAUA